ACGGAUCCCUCCUCUUUCUACCCAAUCUGCAACCUCAGCUUCUCCGUCUUCACUCCAUUCCUUGUCCAGCUCGAUUCCGUCGCGGUUCACCUCGUCUCCAACUCCGACAGGCGCCGGCUCGUUCCUCUGCUUGUUGCGCCGCCGGGGCACCUCGGGCGGCCGCCCGACCUCGCCCAGUGGUGGAUCCGCCCCUGGUCCAACCUGUCUGACAGCAACCGAAAGGCCACAAUCGACUAAUCAAGGUGGCACCACCAAAGCAAACCAAGGUCCCAAUGAGCUCUUCCUCGAGCAACACCAGUGAUGUGCCGCCGCCUGCAUCCCAGCGUCCCCUACAUGUGAUGGAUGCAGAUGAGGAGGAUGAGAGCGUGAGGCAGCUUAACGAGUGCGCCACGAUCUACCUCUCCCUCCAGGCAUGCCUUGUUGAGUCCAAUCGCAACUGGAAGGCCUGCCAAGCACAGGUUCAAGCCUUGAAAGCCUGCCAAGCAAAAAGAAACAAAAAUGGCAAAACCUAACGCUUCACGUCCGGGAGAAGCUGAUAUCGUAAAAUGAUCAGCACAUAUGUCUACACAUUCCGUGUAUUACUGCUAAUGAGAAAUUUCAAAUUUUUUGCGCCAUUUUGUGGAUUGAAAUUGUAUAUUUGCUCCUGCCCUGUCAGUACGCAGGAGACACCAGAACAAGCAAUGUGUCUGAUAUCCUGAGCUGUGGAUGGACAUGAAGACCGUCUCGAACAACUCUGAUGGACAUGACGUUCUUUGUUACAUUGUACUGUAUAAGCGCAUUGAAUGGCAAUAGAAAAUGAUGCUAUAUUACUGGAUU